CCAUUAGCGACAAAUAAAAAUCAAUCAGACUGCACUCCGCAGCCACUGGCCAGCUUUGCGUGAGAAUUUAACAAUGACUCUACGGAUGGCCAGGAAAUGGCCAAUUAAUAGCUGCUCAUUGCGGGUAACGUGGGAGUUUAAACGGCUGGCGUCAACCAAGGCGGAUGUCAAGUAUCCAGGCCUGAAAUGUGGUCUUGAGAUACAUCUCCAAUUGAAGACGAGUAAAAAGCUAUUCUCUGCUUCGCAGACUAGUUUCCAGGAUACUCCGAAUUCGAACGUGUCAUUAUACGAUGUCGCGCUUCCGGGCACUCAACCUCAACUGAACCAUCAUGCAGUUCUUUUGGCGCUGAAAGCUGCCAUCGCGAUGAAUUGCAAGAUUCAGAAUCGGUCAUCGUUUGACCGCAAACAUUACUUUUACGCAGAUCAGCCGGCAGGAUAUCAAAUCACACAGUUCUAUAACCCGAUUGCUAAAGACGGGUACCUUCGGCUACUUCCCCGCGACCGGCGGAUCGGUGACAAACCGUUAGAUGUCGGCCUGGUUCAGAUACAACUGGAGCAAGACACAGGAAAGUCGACGUAUGCUGUUGACUCUGAUGCUGCUUAUAUUGAUUUCAAUCGGACAAAUCAUCCACUGAUUGAGAUCGUGACCGCGCCUGAUCUAUACUAUCCCGAGGACGCGGGCGCGUUUGUACACAAGCUCCAGCUUCUGGUGAAGCAAAUUGGUGUUUCGUCGGCGCAGUUCCAGGCCGGAGAGAUGCGUGUCGAUGUUAAUGUGUCUGUGAACGGAGGACAGAGAUGUGAGAUCAAGAACCUGGCUAGUGUGCAUGACGUCGUUCAUGCGAUCAAGUCUGAAUACAAGCGGCAGUUGGCAGAGGAGAAGAAAGGAACACCAGUGACAUCGCAUACUCUUGGCUGGGACGGAAAGCAGAUCCUUAUUCAGCGACCUAAAGAGCAGACUUCCGAAUACCGCUAUAUUCCCGAUCCAGAACUGCCGCCGCUUUUACUAUCGCCGGAUGCAGUGGAAAAGGUAAAACAGAGCAUGCCAAAACUUCCCGAUGUUUUGCUGGACGAAUUGAGUAGCUCGCCUCAUAGUCUACGGAUGGUUGAUGCGCAGACGCUUUUGAAGUGGGGUUUGGUUGAAUAUUAUUUUGAGGUGGUGGAGAAACUGCAGGACAGCGGUCUCGCGCCUAAGCUUGCAGCAAACUGGAUUGUUCAUCAUAUCCUGGGCCUACUGGGUCCGAACGAGGAGGAAAUCUUGAGCGUCGCGGUUACGCCGCAGAGGCUAGCUGAUAUGAUCAAGUACGAGCGAGACGCGCGUCUGUCGAAGAUGAACGCGAUGAACAUCGUGCAAUACCUUCUACACACCCCUGAUGACUCAAGAACAGUGGACGAGCUGAUGGAGGCGUUUGAUUUGAAGAACAGCACCGAUCAGUCUGAGCUGGUUGGGAUAUGCGAGAACGUGCUGAAAGAGCACGAGGAUGCCGCAGAGAAGUACGCGGCUGGAAAGAAGGGGUUUUUUAACUUCCUGGUUGGGAUGGUGAUGAAGCAGGCGGCGGGCAAGUGUUCUGUCAAGGAAGUACGGAAGGUGUUGGAUGAGUUGUUAGAGCAGAGAUACGAUGUAAAGUAGCUGUUGUAGUGUUAUUGCGACCAAGACAAAUGCAUAAUAUAUAGAAUUACCAAA